GAAUCUGGAACCCUGAUACAACAUAUUUUAACCCAUUGACACAGCAUUAUGUUGCUCCUACGACAUUUUCCAAUUCUAGCUCGCACUAUUUUCGCCAUAUUCGCACUCGCCAUUGCCGGUCUACUCCUUCACCGCCUCACCGUCCCGGACAAAUCACACUGCGCGGGCUGCAUCGGAUAUGCUCUGAAAAUAAACAGUAUGAUCGAUGACGCUAGGGAUAAUGUCCGCGGAAAUGCGCAAUUCUUUCGAUACGCAGUGGACAAGGCUUGUGCUGGUCGGUUGUUGGAUAGUGGUCGAUGUCUGGAACACCGCAGAGGGUUUCUCAGGGAUAAAGCGAGAUAUUUUCACGGAAUUGAGGAUCCAUAUGCAGCUUGUCGGGCUAUCAGCGCCUGCUAGUGCGAACGGCGCUUGGUGUACAUGUACGAUAUACGGGAUGGUGCCGGCUUCUGCGAUUAAAGAGCAGGAGCUACGUGUUGGCCUAGAUGCUCUGGAAUGGACAACGGCAGAUGAUAUACUGAGGGGCUUUUAUGUCUAGCAACAACCCAGUAAUAUCAGAGAUACUAUAGCUUUGAAACUCAACUGUUCGG